AUGGACAUAGGUGGCGGACAGCGAUUCGACGUCGGAAACGACAGCGGCAGCGGCACCAGAGCGGCGCGGGAGGGGCGGGGGGGGAGAUCCUUCGAGGUUGAUGACGACGACGACGACGACGACGACGACGACGAUGAACGCUUUGGUGCGGGUGGGGGCGGGGGCAAGAGACCCGUCGGUGGCAGGAGUAGCGGCGAGUACGGCGACGGGGGGAGGAGAGGGGACGGGGGGCGGGGGCACGGCGACGACGGCGAUGAUGAUGGCCAUGACCGCAGAUAUCGGGAGGGAGGGGGCGCGUACGGUGACGAUGACGAGGACGAUGGCUGGAAGGCUUCUGUGGUGAACCAGGCUUCCCAGGGGGUCAAGGACUUUCAAAAGAAGACCUCUCAGGUGGCCAAGACGAUGGGAUUCGGGGCGAAAAAGAUGUGGAACGCGAUAAACAAGGGCGUCGGGGGCCCCGUGGUUCCUUCCGAAGAGGCGAUGGAGAACCUCCACGAAUUGGCCAACUUCCUUGGAACUCCCUUCUCCGCCACGAGCCGGGAGCACGUGAACGACCUCGGGAAGGUGUGGAUGUGCCUCUUCCCAGACGAGGAGUUUGAGGGCGUCGAGUCUCCGAGAUGGCAGGAGGCGGGGUUCCAAGAGCCGAAUGUGUCCCUGGACUUCCGCGGCACAGGGGUCCUGGCGCUUAAGUCGAUGGUCUUCUUCUGCCAGGAGUACGAUCGAAAGGCACUAUCGCUGUGCCGGGCGCAGUCGGUAGGGGGCUCCUCCCACUACCCUUGGGCGGUAGUGGCCAACAACCUUACCUUGAUGCUGGCUGACGUCUUGGAGAUGCGGGCGAAUCAGUUCGCGUCGAGCCGAAAAGGAUACUGGGGGGUGUUCGACAGGCGGGGGGCGUUCUUCGAGAUUUUCUGCAUGGCCUUCAGACUACUGGAUCACACCUGGGCCGAACGAGGCGCGAAGCGGAGCAACUUUGGACAGAUCAUUGGAUACACGAAGAGUGUCAUUGUGGAGCUUCUGGAGAGCAACCCUCCGAACCUCCCGGCUUUCAUGGGGCAGGCGGAAGAGAUGGGCAUGCUGCGAUGAUGAACUGUGAAAUCUCCUUUUCUGUUGUGACGUUGCGCCUUAGUCUGAGCUCGUUUCCGGGCCCUGACGUCAUUCUUUAACGGACAUAGAUAGUCCUCGUCCCACGGUGCUGCGAAGGGUUUGCUGCCAUAGUGAACGGUGCGAAUGUUGUGGUGCUUCCGUUGGGGCCCGGUAUGUCAGCAGCUUCGCACGUGAUGCCUGGUGACAAAUGUGGGCUGAGGGGAAGAACUUUCAAUUUAAACAUGUUGUCUCGCUGCAAGGAGGCCAAAGCAAGUAAGAAUACGUGGCACCCAAGGCAUCGCGCCACGGUGCCCAUCUCAUCUGUUUCGUCGAGCUCAAGCGAGUCGUCGACCAAAACGACUCGUCGCAUUGUUGUGUAGCCUUCUAAAUUUCGGCCUUCGAGAGAAACCGAGCGGAACCAUCAGUACGUUUUGUACAUAGCCUCCGGGAGCACCGCGGUCACGAAACGAACAUACUGCGUUGUCGCUGA